CUCCCUACCUUACUCCGCGGUAUUAAGCAAACAAACAUACCUGCAGCGCAAACACAAAAGCAAAAUGACCUAUCAUACAACAUACACCUCCUUCGGCGAGCUCCUCCGCGGCCUUGACGGCUACAUCGACGAGCUCGCACCCUACCGCGUAGAUGGCACCCAGACCAUCUUUCCAAAGCUACCUCUUGAGCUGCGUGAGCAAAUAUACGGCUAUAUUCUCGAUCCAAAACCGGCUUCCAUCCACCCUCUUCCUCCCUACCUUGGAGACAACCUGAUGGGGGAUCUGAGAUACGAAAUCCUGCAUGUAAACAAAGCAACACGCAUCGACGCCGGACUGUUUUAUAUCCGCUCGAAGAAGUUCGAUAUAUGGAUAACCGAGUCGCGUGGCCUUUUUACCAAAUUCCUCGAGAGGUUCCCAGGAGAGCAGGGAUUCUGGAGUGUGCGACAUCUCGUGUUCCACAAGUUCUAUUGGGAUAUUCCAGAGGGACGAUAUAACCCGAAUAUCGAACUCAUGCUACGCUGCAAAGGUCUACGUACAGUAAGCCUAACUUUUCAUCGAUCCUGGUUCCUGAAAGUAGUUAGCAUGGAGGAGAUCCAAGAAGACGGUACUUCUUUUGUCCAGAAUGCUAAAGGGAUAGAGGAGACAUACAGACUGAAUGACAUAUUCGGGCUGGAGAACAUUGAAAAAAUCGAGCUGAGGAGCACGGCUAGAUUCCAACCGUGUCGAAGGGUUGAGACCGGGAGCGGGGCUGUGAUGGGGUGGUACGAUGCUGUAUCUCUAGCUUUGAGCCCGAGGACUAUUAUGGUGGAGUUGAGGGAUUGGUUGAAGGCCGGUUUUGGGGCAAGGGGGAGAAGGGUAGCGGUAGAGGUUGUGACUACCCCAGGAUUGGACUAG